AUGGCCUUUGCAGAGUUUCUGAGCGGGGCAGGGCGCCUGGAGACCGCCGUCCUGCCUUCCGCCACUUCUUCAGCCAGCCCGCUGCUCUGCCUGACGCGCGGCCUCUCCGCCGUCAUCCCGCCCUCGAGCGGCGGCGGCGGCGGCGGCGCCACCAGCAGCGCCCCGGCUGCACCGGCUGCUGCCCAGCUCACGCUGCCCGACGGCCGCCUGAACGUGGGCACGCACCUGCCCCUACUGGCGCGCCGCUACAAAUACUUGAGCUCUCUGGGGGAGGGAGUCUCUGCACAGGUCAUCCUGGCUGAGGACACGUUGGCGGCUGCUCCAGGCACUCUGGUGGCCAUCAAGUGCCUGCGGCGGCAGCACGCGCUGGCGGGCCAGAGGGAGGCGCGCGCUCUGCGGUACCUGCACGCCGCGGCGCCGGGGGGCGUGGCGCCGGGCGUGGUGCGACUUCUGGACAGCUUCAUGCUGGGGGCGCACCACUGCCUUGUCACAGAGCGGCUGUACCCGUGGCUGCUGGACUGGGUGGCCGAGUCGUCGCAGCUGCCGCAGGACGAGGCGCUCGCGUCGCUGCGCAAGAUAGCGCACCAGCUGCUGAUGACCGUCGCCUUCUUGCACAACCUCGGCCUGGUGUGCGCCGACAUCAAGCCAGACAACCUGCUGCUCUGCCACCCGCCAGGCAGCCACAGCGUGGCGCUGCGCCUGGUGGACUUUGGCGGCUGCUUCAGCCUGACCGAGACCGACACGCAGGCGGUGGGGUGCGAGGUGCAGACGCUGCCCUACCGCGCGCCAGAGGCCGCCAUGGGGCUGCCCUACGGCGCCGCCAUCGACCUGUGGUCUGUGGGGGUGGUGCUGGCUGAGGUGGCGCUGAAGCGGGCGCUGCUGCCGUGCGCCACGCCUCGGGACCUGCUGCAUCAGAUGGUCACGCUGCUGGGCCCGCUGCCGGAGCACAUGGUUCGCGGCUCGGCGGCGGCACAAGAGAUGGGCCUGGCAGCCCUGGGCGGGCAUGCGGCGCGGCAGGCGGCGCGCGCGCCUCAGACGACGCUGACGCGCGAGCUGGAGCAGCGGGUGGCUGCUGCCGGGGUGCCCGAGCUGGCCCUGCCCGGGCCGCGCCGCGCGUGCCAGCUUCGCGAUGAGCUGGCGGCGGUGGAUGCGGGCUGUGCUGACCUGGUGAUGCGCCUACUGGCAUAUGACCCCGCCCAGCGCCUCACCGCGCACCAGGCCCUCCUACACCCCUGGUUUGAUGCGGCCUGCCCCCUGCGGGCCGUCUUUCCUCAGCUGGAGGAGCUGUACCGCGUGCAGCAGGCUGCGCUGCGCACAGAAGCCGGCACCACGGCGGCUGGUGCAGCUGCCGGCGCUGCGACGCCUGCACCAGCCAAGCCAGCACCAGCGCCUGCGCAGCCGGCACGCGCGCCGCUGCCGGUUGCAGGUAGCCCUGCCGCGCCGUCCCCGCUGCCAGGCGCCGUGGCCGCGGCUGCAGCAGCGGAGGCGGAGGCAGCCGAGGCGGCGGCGGUGGCUGCUGCCCUGCCUGCCACAGUGCAGCGGCGGUGGCAGGCUGUGCUAGACCCCGGCACCGCACACCUGCUGCUGGGCUCCCAGGCAUCCAAGGCUGGCAGCGGCAGGCAGCAGCAGCAGGCGGGGGAGCGCGGGCAGCCGUGGCAGGCGCUGUCGGCAGCGCUGGCUCAGCCCAAGCCGGCGCUGUCCAAGCUGCCUGCAGCCCAGCUGGCGGCGCAGCAGUGGGAUCAGCAGCAGCAGCUGGCUUCACGCGACCCUUAUGCUGGAGCCUUCUCACUAGAGGUCACCCCACCCAAGGGGCAGGCAGUAGUGCCGGCAGAGCCCCAGCGGCAGCAACAGCAGGAGCAGGAGCCGCCGUCGCCACUGCAGCCGCCACAACCGCCGCAGCCGCCACAACCGCUGCCGCUGCCGCCGCCGCCGCAGCAGCAGCAGCAGCCCCAGGCUACUGCCGCUGCCACGGUGGGCGAUGCAGCGGGAGAGAGGGUCCCUGAGGCGGCGCCAGGUGCAGAUGGGGCUGCCACUGGCAAGCGCAGAGGUAGUAAGCGUGGUGGGCCCGGCACCGGCGGGAUCAGCAAGACGCCGCGUAGAACGAGCGUCAAGGCAGCUGCGCAGCAGCAGCAGCAGCAGCAGCAGCAGGAGGCAGAGGAGGAGCAGGCAAAGGUAUUUGACCUUCUGCUGGAGGCAGCAGCCGCAGACAGUGAGGAGGAAGAGCGGCAGGGUGCGCCGGCAGUGGCAGGCCGCUCAGGAUCCAAGCCGCCGCGCAGGAAGCAACAAGCAGGCAACGUUGGCAGCGCCAACGCUGCUGGUGCUGGCAGAGGGAAAGCAGGGGCAAAGCCUGCGGCUGGUGCGGGCGCAGAGCGGGGGCGUGGCCAGGCCAAGAAACAGCUGCAGCAGCAGCGCCUGCCGACUCCGUCGGUGGCAGCCAGCAGCGGCGCGGUGCCAGCGGGCAAGACACCAGCCACGGCGCGUGCCAUAGCACGCCAGCCGGCUGCUGGUGCAGGCGGCAAGAGCAGCAAGAAGGCGCAGCAGCAGCAGCCCGCUGUGUUGAGCAAGGUUGGCGAGGGCAGGAGUGCUGCCCAGAAGCGCAAGCCGGCUGCUGAUGGGGCUGGCGGCAGCCAGCCUGCUCAGCUGGAUGGGGCAGCAGGCAUAGCCCUGACGAAGCAGAAGGCAGGCAUCGCUCAGGAGCCGGCCGCUGCUGGUGCUAGUCCAGCUGCUGCGGACGCGGCGCCGCCAGCCACAGCUCGGAAGAAGCAAAGAACGGACGCCGUUCACGUUGCGGGCGCAGCAGAGGCGGCGCCGCCAGGCACCAUUGCCCGGCAGCGGCGGGAGACGCAGCAAGGCAAUAAGGUGCCGUGGUGGGUGGUGCGAGGCUGA